UCGAGUGCUUGCCGUAUCCCAUUCCUACCCCCUCCAACGUUUGCCGAGCCACGACGUGAGACGAGCGGCAUCGACGACCAGCUAGCUGCCGCCUUCCAGUUCGUUCCGUCAGGCAGGAUCCGGAUAUGAGCCAGGAGAACGGAGCCACCAACGGGCACCCCGCCGAGGAGCAGGACGUGAUGGAGGUGGAGCCGAAGCGCCGGGCGCCGCGGCUCAACGAGCGGAUCCUCUCCUCGCUGUCGCGGAGGUCCGUCGCCGCGCACCCCUGGCACGACCUCGAGAUCGGCCCUGAAGCUCCGGCGGUCUUCAACGUGGUUGUGGAGAUCACCAAGGGGAGCAAGGUGAAGUACGAGCUGGACAAGAAGACGGGACUCAUCAAGGUGGACCGGAUCCUCUACUCCUCCGUCGUGUACCCUCACAACUACGGCUUCAUCCCCCGGUCGCUCUGCGAGGAUAACGACCCCAUGGACGUCCUCGUCCUCAUGCAGGAACCAGUUCUUCCCGGCGCCUUCCUCCGGGCCAGGGCGAUCGGCCUCAUGCCUAUGAUAGAUCAGGGUGAGAAGGACGACAAGAUCAUAGCCGUCUGCGCCGACGAUCCCGAGUACCGCCACUACAACGACAUCAGCGAGCUCUCCCCUCACCGCCUCCAGGAGAUUCGGCGCUUCUUCGAAGACUACAAGAAGAACGAGAACAAGGAGGUGGCAGUCGACGCGUUCCUGCCCGCUGCAGCUGCCCGCGAAGCCAUCCAGUACUCGAUGGAUCUGUACGGGCAGUACAUUAUGCAGACCUUGAGGCGGUAGAGCGUGCCCCGUUUUUUCUCUCCCUACCGGAUCCUGUGCGAUCUGAAGCAAAAGCACCAAAUCAUCAGAGCAUUUGGAAUCUGAUGAACAGCCAAGUCACAUGAGUUGUCAUGCUUGUUGAUCAUCUUUUUCCAGAGAUAUUUUAGUCUGUAUCUUCCUCUUUAUUAGUUUUUUUGAGAGUUGUCCACGGUGUGGUUUGAUCUAUGUACUCCUCUUCUACAUUUCUUACAGAACGAAUAAAUAUUAAUUAAUAGUGUAUCAUUUUGUUGUUCC